UGCUAGGGGUCCAGAGUCCCCUUCACCUGGAAAGGCUAGGGGUCAUGGCCAGCGAUGAAACUGAUAUUCAAAAAGAUCUGGAAAUUCUCCUUUUACUCAAGACAGCCCUGAACAAAGUCCCUCAGAUAGUGUUUGGCAUGAUGAUGGACAAAUGGCGAUGGAAGGUGAUGCGGGGAGAAGUGACUCCCCAGGAGUACAACACGGAGUGGUGGAGCAUGCACAAGGAGUUCCUACGAGUCAGUCCUCCUGUGCAGCGGUCCAAGGCUGACUUUGACCCGGCGGCCAAGUUUCACAUUAUGGACAACACGCCGUAUAUAAGAUACUUCUUAAGUGGUUUCCUUCAGAUGCAGUUCUUCGAGUCUCUGUGCUUGGCCACAAUUCCUCGCCAGGCAAAACUUCCUUUCCCUCUUCAUCGCUGUGAUAUUUACGGAAACAAGGAGGCAGGUCGUCUUUUGAGGAACAUGAUGCGCCUAGGCUCUCGGGCAGAACCUCAGGAGGCGUUGGCUACCAUGACUGAGGGACGGUAUAUAUCAUACUCUGCAAAACCCUUUCUAGAGUACUUCCGUCCUCUGUCACUCUGGCUGGACAGCAAACUGACUAACGCUUCUCCUAUCUGAGCCACGUUCACCGAGACACAUACUGGUUACCGCGGGAAAACUAAAUAUAUAUGAGCUUGAUCUAUUUUCAUUAAACCUGAAUUUUCUCAUGAGUGCCAUAACAUGGAGUGGUUUACUUACAUGAG